AUGCGCCGGUAUUCGAGAUAUCUCUCCGGCUCAGUGCUACUCGCCUCCAUGGGAGGAGUGCAGGCCAAGCUUGAUCUGAACUCCUCUACCAAUAUCGCGGUUUACUGGGGUCAGAACUCGUUCGAAGCUGCGGGAGGAAAGGGUCAGGGCCAACAACAUCUUUCUUACUACUGCGACAACGAGAAUAUCGAUGUAAUUCCCAUGGCGUUUGAUAUUAUGAUCAACGGCCCCGGCGGCGCUCCCCAGGUCGACUUUGCUUCUGCCAGCGCGGACUGCGACGUGUUUCCAGGCACACAAUUGAAGAAUUGCCCGGCAAUAGGCCAGGACAUCAAGACGUGCCAGGACAAGGGAAAGACAAUCAUUCUUUCGAUUGGAGGUGCAACGUACAGCGAGGGCGGCUUCAAGUCAGAUGCCGAUGCCAAAGAUGGAGCCCAGCUCAUCUGGGAAACCUUCGGACCGAAGAAGGAUGGUUCAAAUGCUCUUCGUCCUUUCGGCGACGCUAGCCUUGAUGGCUUCGACUUCGACUUCGAGGCCAAUGUCGAGCACAUGGCGCCCUUUGCCAAUGCCCUCCGUGACCUGAUGAACAAGGAGACCGACAAGCAAUACUUCUUGACCGCCGCCCCUCAGUGCCCCUACCCUGACCAGUCGGACAAGGAGAUUCUGAACGGCCCUGUUGAUAUAGAUGCCGUUUGGGUUCAGUUCUACAACAACUACUGUGGCAUCAACAACUUCGACACGAAUGAGCAGAAUUCCCAGUUCAACUUCGAAGAGUGGGACAACUGGGCCAAGACCGUCUCCAAGAACAAAAACGUCAAGGUCCUUGUCGGUGUUCCUGCCGACACGACCGCCGCCAGCACUGGGUAUGUGCCUGUCGACAAGGUCGCCGCGGCGGUCGAAUACUCCAAGAAGUUCUCGAGCUUCGGCGGUGUUAUGAUGUGGGAUGUGUCGCAAGCAUACGCAAAUGAAGGAUUCGUUGAUGGCGUGCGCAAGGCGCUGGGUGAAGGAGAUUCCGGUUCGUCGUCGUCGUCCAGCUCGGCGUCGACCACGGCGUCUGCACCUACGUCCACUAACACACCGGAGACUACGCUCUCUUCCAAUGGACAAGGGUCCUUGUCCUCAUCUUCCUCCUCAUCUGGGUCUGGGCCCUCGUCCAAUGGGCCUGAUGAGCAGGCUACAGCUACUCCCACUACCCUCACGACCAUACCUACCGUCACGCCGACUCCCACGUCCCAGGCGACGACCACGACCACGACCGAACCUGAGCCCACCGAGUCUUAUAUCACUCAGACACCGCCACCUGCGUCCACCGAGCCCGAGCCGGCCACAACUGAGGCUACCCCCGCCCCUGAGCCUGCAUCCACCGAGACGUCAACCACGACGGCUGUCGCCGCACCUACCAUGACGCCCGCGCAGAAUGACAACGAUGCUAGCGAUAAUACUCACAGUAGCGCUCACUCGGCCGAUGGUGACAGCGACUCCUCUGGAGAUGCUGAUCCGACGCCUAGUCCUCUCGGCAGUUUGCUGAGCGGUGAUCUCUUCAGUCUUCUGGACGGUCUACGUAGUGCCAAUAGCGUUGUGAACGGUAUCUCCCAUGGUAUGACCAAGAACCUCCGCCGCGUGAACCGCAUUGGAUAUUAA